AAAAGUAAGGUCAUUCUGAAAGCGAAUCUUUUAUCAUCUUCAGUUCGUUCUCUUUUAUUCCUCAAAAGGCCAAUCUCCAUUCCCAGUUUCUCGAAGCUCAGAAAGAUGGAACAGAGAAGAAGAAUUUCCGGAUUAAGUCUUCUAUCCUUCUUCCUCUUCUGUGCACUGAUCCUCUCCUUUUUAGGAUCUGUCGAAGCUUACAAGAACUACACAGUUGGCGACUCUUUGGGUUGGUACGACAAACUUCAGAAUCCCAAGGUUGAUUACCAAAAGUGGGUUGCUGGCAAGAACUUCAGCUUGGGAGAUUUUCUCAUUUUUCAUACUGAUAAUAACCACUCAGUUGUCCAAACAUACAACUUCACGACAUACAAGCGGUGCGAUUAUGCAAAUGCUAAUGAUCACGACACCAUUCUAUGGUCAGCUACACACCCAUCUGCAGUAGCUCCUCAAAGAGUAGCAAUUGCUGUUCCUCUCACAAAAGAAGGGAGGACAUAUUUCUUUUCUGGUGAUUAUGAUGGUCAGCAAUGCAAGCAUGGCCAACGCUUCAAAAUAAAUGUCACACAUGGUGAGGGAUUGCCGGAAAGUCUGAAGGACCAACCAGCUGAAGCACCACCUCCGAUGAGCCCCAUUGUUGACGACAAUAAUCCGGUGCCAGAUACUGUGAUUCCAUCAAAUUUCAGCAAUCCUAAGGAAGCUGGAGAUCUUCAAGCUACGUCAGGAUCUGUUUCUUUAGGCAUGUUUUUGAGGACAUUGCAGGGGAAACUUAAUUGUUUUUUGGUGCUUGUAGUGUUAGUUUGUCUUCUAGGGUGAUUUCAUUAUUUGUUCAUUCAUUUAUUUUUCAUUGCAGAGGAUAGAAUUCUCUAGGAUUUGGUUGUUUUGUGCUCUUGGGGAUUUCAUGUGGUCUUGUACAUUGUAGAGUGUUACACUUGUAUCAAUGUGAUUCAACAGUUGAGAUGUUGAUUAGCUUGAUAAUGGGACAAUGCAGAUUAGGUGAGUGGUCUUGGAGGAAA